AUGGGCAGCAUCGCAAACGAUCCAAUGUCCCAGGAGACUCCUGACAAGAUCUUGAAGACGGAGCUGUGGCAAUAUGGUCGUCGAAGGCGCCAGGAUGGCCCGUACGCCGACAACUUGGACAUUGACGUUCUCAUCAUUGGUGGCGGAUUCGGCGGCGCGUACAGCUUGUACGAGGCCAGGAAGAACGGAUUGAAUGCUGUUCUCUACGAAGCUGGACAGUCAUUUGGCGGUACUUGGAGAUGGGUGAGGCCAGAAUCACGUUCGUCUAAAGACUGUUGGCUGAUGUCGCAAACAGAACAUCUACCCGGGUGCCCGCGUUGACUCUCCUGUCCCGAUCUACGAACUGUCCAUCCCUGAAGUAUACGAAGACUGGUAUUGGACGACCAAUUAUCCAGACUGGACUGAACUCCAGGCAUACUUCGACCACGUGGAUAAGAAGCUUAAUCUAAGCAAGGACUCGGCCUUCGAGACGGUCGUCACCAGUGCAGAAUUUGAUCAGAGCGAGGCCAAGUGGGUUGUCAAGACCCAAGAUGGCAGAACGGCUAAGGCGCGCUUCCUGAUUGUGGCUGCAGGAUUCGCCGCCAAGCGAUGUACAACAUACCACUGUUCUCCACAUUAGCAGACCGACAAACUGACCUAGAACAGACAUUCCCGAUGUGCCGGGUCUUGACAGCUUCAAGGGCGAGAUCCAUCACUCGUCUUUCUGGCCAAUUGGUGGCGUUGACUACGUUGGCAAGAAGGUGGCGGUCAUUGGAACUGGAGCUAGCGGUGUCCAGAUGAUUCAAGAGAUGGGCCCAGUCGCCGAGCAGCUCACUGUGUACCAGCGCACUCCCAAUCUCGCCCUCCCUAUGGGUCGCCGCGAGCUCACCAAGGCCGAACAAGAUGCGAACAAGCCCAUCUACCCAAUGAUUCACGACAUGCGCGAAAAGUGCUUUGCCGGGUUCCACUACGAUCUAUGCGAACGUAACACUUUCGACGACACAGAGGAGGAGCGCGAAGCUUUCUACGAUGGCUUGUGGAAGCAGCAGGGCUUUGCUCUCUGGCUCGGUGGAUACAAAGACUACCUCUUUGAUGAGAAGUCGAACCACGAAUCUUACAACUACUGGCGCAAGCAGCAGAGCAAACGUGUGAAGAACCCAAAGAAGAAGGAGGUCCUCUUCCCUGAGCUGCCGCCGCAUCCAUUUGGCGUUAAGAGACCAUGCCUGGAGCAGACUUACUACGAGGUCUUGGACCGAGACAAUGUGGACAUUGUCAACAUCAACGAGGCCAACGGUACUCCGAUUGAGCGCUUCACCGAGAAGGGUAUUGUUGCGAAUGGAGAGGAACGUGAAUUCGACAUCAUUGCUCUAGCGACAGGAUUCGACGUCGUCACUGGCGGCAUGACAAACAUGGGUCUCAAGUCGAUCAACGGUACCUACCUCAAGGACGAGUGGAAGGCCUCGGCCAACACUUACCUUGGAACCACCAUUUCUGGUAAGUCCUGACUAGCACUGAUUGCCUCGAGCCAACUAACAUCCCUUCCCAGGCUACCCCAACCUCUUCCAUCUCUACGGUCCACACGGACCAACUCUCCUCUCCAAUGGGCCCUCCUCCGUCGAGAUCCAAGCCCGCUGGAUUAGAGAUGCCAUCAAGCAGGUCCGACGUCAAGGCAUCAAAUAUAUCAACCCAACAAAGGAAGCGGAGAAGACAUGGAAACAGAGGAUCAACGAUCUCGCAGCUCCUUCGCUCUUCCCCAAGGUCCGGAGCACGUAUAUGGGUGGUACGGUUCCCGGCAAGGCGUUUGAGAUGACUUGCUAUGCGGGAGGCGUGGACGCAUACGGCCCUGAGAUUCGUGCGGCUUUGCAGGGAUGGAAGGGAUUCGAUGUUGUGAAGGCUUAA